GGGCCGACAAAGUCGGUCCCCGACAUUCCCAGCCCCGUCGGACAGUGGCCGCCAUCUCCCAACUGUAAACCGCCGUCACGAAAAAGGCGCCGUCCUUUCCUUCCCCUUCUCUACUUCCUCAGCCUUCCAAAUUCGCCAUUUUCAGCUCACUCACCACGUUACCUGCGUUCCCCAUAACACCCACAAGCCAAAGUUUGUUACUUUCGUCCCCGAAAAGAUCUCCUUUCGCGUCAUUCGUACUGUUCAUUGCAUUCAUGAUACCUAAUCCUCAGCUCCCCUGCCCCUUAUGAUCCUCCUGAAACCCCACUUCCAGGCACAGAUUCUGAUCCCCAGGCAGCUCAAUUUCGCGGAAUUCCCUAGUCCCGGUCUCGGUCUCGGUCUCGUGUCCCGAUCCCGAUCCAGAAUCGGUUUGCAGUCCAAGAGCAAGAAGAAGCUCUGCAAGGUGGAGUUUUUAAAAGAAAUGGGUGCUGGGUGUUUCAAGGAAGCUAAGGAUAUUAAGGGGCUGAAGGUGGAGUUCGAUAGCGGCGGGCAGGACUACUUCGACGAUGCCGCUUCUGUUUCUCCCGAGCACCUUGUGAUCAUGGUUAAUGGGAUCAUUGGAAGUUCUGAAGAUUGGAAAUAUGCUGCUGAGCAGUUUGUGAAGGAGCGUCCUGAUAAAGUGAUUGUGCACCGCAGUGAAUGCAACUACUCAAAGUUGACUUUUGACGGUGUAGACCUGAUGGGCAAUAGACUAGCAGAGGAGGUGAAAGGUGUUAUUAGACACAGGCCCGGGGUUCGAAAGAUAUCCUUUGUUGCUCAUUCCUUGGGGGGACUUGUCGCAAGGUAUGCUAUUGGCAGGCUUUAUGAGGAAAACCUGCAAUUACAAUCGACAGGUAACGCCUCUCCCAAUGAAGAUCAAGCAAAUUCUUUAAUGCAACCAAUUGAGCACCCUUUUGAAGCUCGAAUCGCCGGCUUAGAACCCAUGAACUUCAUUACUGUUGCAACUCCACAUCUUGGAUCAAGGGGACACAAACAGUUGCCAUUCCUUUGUGGUCUUCCCUUUCUCGAGAGGAAAGCACCUCAAACUGCUCAUCUGAUUGCUGGAAGGUCCGGGAAACAUCUCUUCCUUACCGACCAUGAUGAAGGGAAACCUCCUCUUCUUCUUCGAAUGGUAAAUGAUACUGAUGACCUCAAAUUCAUGUCUGCUUUACGAGCAUUCAAGCGUCGCGUGGCAUAUGCAAAUGUAAAUUUUGACCAGGUUGUUGGGUGGGGAACCUCAUCGAUUAGACGACAAAGUGAACUCCCUAAGUCCAAUCUUCUGGUGGUAGAUAAGAAAUACCCUCACAUUGUUUACAUCGAGAAAAGUGCCUCGGAGGGCGUCCAUUCUAGAGCAUCCCCUGCAGUGAUUGAACGGAACAUUGAUUUGGAAGAAGAGAUGAUUAGAGGUCUUACACAAGUGCCUUGGGAGCGGGUCGACGUCAGCUUUCACAAAAGCAGACAGCGAUAUAUCGCACAUAAUACCAUUUUGGUGAAGACUUACUGGCUAAAUUCUGAUGGCGCGGAUGUAGUAUUCCAUAUGAUAGACAACUUCCUUCUAUAGCUACUCACUACAUGGAAAUGGGUUAGACUUACUUUUGUGAAUAUUUAGUGCCAAUUUAUAGGAACAUAUGAAGUUACCGUAUUAUGGGGAUUUAGUUUCAUUAUUGGCUUUCUUUCUGCGAUAAUCCUUUCUUAUGUUUGUUACCAUGUUGAAGAAAGAGCAUGAUAUCAUAGGGAGCACAGUUAUGUUGUACUGCUUUCUUAAGUUGUGUCCUUUGUACCAGAAAUUUGUGAAUGAAAUGAGAGGCAAAAGAAAAAAAGUUGCAUUCAUGCUA